UUCUUAAUGUUUUGUUUACAUAUAUUUUAGAAAAAGCAACAUAUUUUCGAGGGUUCAGUCUAGAUUAUUAUCGCGCCGCCCUCCUAUUGUUUAACUUUUAUAUAUUACGAAAAAUCAAUAAGUGCACAAACAAGAAGCGGUGACUUUUCUUCAGCUCUUGAAGCCAGCGCUAGGGCUAGGCACCCAGUCUCAUCAAAAUGGUUUUCGAAUCUGUGGUAGCUGAUGUGCUCAACAAGGUGCUCGGCGAUUACAUUGAAAACUUGGAUCGAAAGCAGCUGAAAAUCGGCAUAUGGGGAGGUGAUGUGGUUUUGCAGAACCUUAAAAUUCGUGAAAAUGCCCUAGACGAUUUAGAUUUGCCAAUACAGCUUAUUCACGGCUAUUUGGGCAAAUUGGUAUUAAAGAUACCAUGGAAAAACCUGUAUAGCCAGCCAGUGAUCGUUGAUAUUGAAGAUCUUUAUGUGCUAGUCUCGCCGAAAAAUAAUGUCGAGUACAAUGCAGAAAAGGAAGCCAAAUAUGAGCUUGAAGCAAAGAAAGCUGCGCUGGACGCAAUGGAAGCAGCUCGCAAAAAGGAGCUUGAGAAAGAUCAACCAAAGGCUGAUGCCGGAUUCGCGGAGAAACUUACCGCACAAAUUGUUAACAAUCUCCAAGUUAAAAUCGCCAACGUUCAUGUCCGGUACGAGGACACAACCACAACCGGCUCUCCAUUCUCGUUUGGUAUAUCACUGCACGAGCUGGAGCUCUAUACGACAGACGCUGAUUGGGAAAAGUGUUAUAUGGCUCAGCAGGAUGCACAAGUCUUCAAAAUAGCGAAUCUCUCAUGCUUGUCGGCCUAUAUGAACUGUAAUGCUAGGCUUUAUAGCACACAAGACAAAAGUAUGUUAAAGGAGCUCUUCCAAACGAAUAUUGCUCGGAAGGAUUUCAAGCCCGAUCAUUACAACUACGUCUUGGGUCCCAUAUGUUUCAAUUCGAAGUUGAAGCUAAACAUGAAUCCUGAGAACGAUAGUCCACCUUUCAAAAUACCGAAAGUUGAUUUGUGUCUAGAAAUGGAGACCUUAAAUGUUGGUCUUACAAACACACAAUUCCACAAUAUCAUAAAACUGGGCGAUUCCUUUAAUCGUAUGCAACUGGGCCUUCCCUAUCGUAAAUACAGACCCCACAAUAUACCAUACAAAGGACAUUACAAAGAAUGGUGGAAAUUUGCCAUUGAUUCUGUUCUGGAAGAAGAUGUAAAACGCGCUCAUCGAUGCUGGACAUGGAAAAAUAUAAAGCAGCAUCGUGAACGUUGUAAUGCAUACGCAGAAAAAUACAAAGAACAAGAGCUGACUAAAAAGCCGUCAGCCAUGCUUAUAGAGACGUGUACAUUACUGGAAAAGGAGCUGGACUUAUUUAAUUUACUGCUGAUACGACAGCGUGUAAAUAUCGAAAUAGCAAAGCUGCGAGAGUCUGCGCCCGUUGAGAAGGCUGGCUGGUUCAGUGGCUGGUGGGGCGGUGGCGCCAAAAAAGAAGAGAGUGAGGAACAAGCCAACAUUGUGAGGAAGUUCGAAGCCGCAAUGACGCCUGAUGAGAAGGCAAAGCUUUAUAAGGCCAUCGGUUAUGAAGAGAAUAUAAAGCCACAAGAUAUGCCCGAAACUUAUGAAGCAAUAAAAAUGAACUUUAAACUCAUUGCAUUGGAAAUUGGCCUGUAUGAGGACAUACGUUCGGAUGAUAACAUGCGUGCUUCCUACGACUAUCACGAUUUGCCAUCGAUUAUGCAGCUAAAAUUCUCGAUGGCCACCUGUGCCGUCAUACAACGCCCUGCUGCUAAUGCAAUCAGUAUUACGGCUGGCAUGAAAGAAGUCAAAUUGAUCGGACUCCGUCGUGAGGACUUUAACCCAGUGCUGAUUGAAUCCAAAGUGACGGAUGAGUUCAACCUGCUGGAUAUCUUCUUUGAGGUUAACCCUCUAGAUAAGCUCUGCAAUCAACGCGUCAAAGUUUUGGCUCGACCACUACAAAUUGUAUACGAUGCCCAAACUAUCUUGCGGCUCGUUGAUCUCUUCCAACCACCUACAAAUGUGAAUUUAUCAAAAAUCGAAGACGUGGCAAGUGCACGUCUCAUGGACAUCAAAGAGCGUUCGGCCACAGGCAUGCAGUACAUAAUCGAUCAGCAUGCAGUGCUCGAUGCAGAUAUUCUGCUGAUGCCUAAUAUUAUAGUGAUUCCUCAUGGCGGUAUAUAUGUGCCCGACCAGAAGUCCCUUAUUGUUAUCAGUUUAGGUCAAGUUCAUGUGACAACGAACCCCCACCAUCGAUCGAGCGACCAAAUACAAACCUUGUUUCAAACGGGCACAGAAAGGGAAAGCAUACUUAGAAAUGUUAUGGACAAUGCGUACGAUAGAUUCAUUGUGCAAAUCGAUGACAUACAGGUAAUGGUUGCUCGACCCCUGGAACCGUGGCAGCACGCGUUAAAAUUGGCCGUUUCUACAGAAAUGCACGUAUUGCAGCCAACGUCAAUUUCUCUCACUGCUGCCCUUUGUGUCGUGGAUAACGAUCCUCGCCUUCCGAAAAUGAAAGUUGACAUACUGAUACCAAGUCUACAACUGAAUAUCACCGAAGAUCGAGUGUUCGAUGCCCUAGGUGUUGCCACGAGCAUACCACUGCCUCAGAAAGACACCGCUACGUCACCACAGUCUACAAUUCAUCGUUCGCAAAGUUCGAUAUCCAAUUUCAUAAACAAGGAAAUUAUGAGACGGACUACGACCCUGGCUUCCCCCGCUUCCAAAACUUUAUUGGAGGAAGAGCUGAUUCAAUAUACAAAUGUCGAGGUUAAUUUCUCCCUGAAUGAGAUAUCGGUAGCUCUUUUCCAGUCGGCGAAAUUAUGUGAAAACAAUUCAGGAACAUCGACUACCUAUACAACGCCAGUGAUGGAUUUUGUCCAACUAUCAGCAAUCACUGUUAAGAGUGGUACAAGUAAUUCUCUAGAUAACAGACAGCAGAUCCUGUCGAUGCAGAUUUUAAAACUAGAGGCAUUUUUGGCGCAACGCUCCUUUGAAACGGUCGCCUCCCUAAAACUUGGUGGCAUGAAUAUCAAACAGUUCGACUGCUUAGAUGAUAAAGAGGAAGUACUAGACAUAAUUGACACUCCCAGCUAUACGAAGGACAUGAAAUAUCUACUCACCAUAUCCUAUACCCUGGCGGACAAAAUAUCACCAGAAUUUAUCACCAAAUAUAACUCGACAGAGCAAUUAAUUGUAGCAAAUUUUGAGGUUUUGAACAUUGUCCUCCAUCAAGAGUGUUUACAGCGCUUAUUAGAGCUGGCAAAUGAUUAUCAACAGAAGCUGGAGAAAAUCGUUAGCCAUGAAAAGCCGCGAGACCACUUUGCCUUUGCAGGACAAGGCGAUGGCAUAAAACAAAAGUUAAAUGUUAUAUUGGAAGACACCGAGGAGAUAAUGACUACAAAGCAAAUGAGCAUACGGCGAAGCAAGUUGAAACGACGCAACGUUGUCGAAAGCGUGAAGUUACGUUUGGUGGCAAACCUGGAGCAAGUAGGCCUGAAGCUGACCUCCCGGAGUCGCCCACUAGCCUCGAUGGAGGUGAAACAUUUUGUUACCAAUCUAACACUGAAAAGCUCAUAUACUGAGUUGAACAUCGGCCUGAAGGACAUUUUAAUUAUCGACUUGAAUCCCCAAACAAUACACACAAAUAUUCUAAGCAUUGUGGGUCAAGAUGCAUUUAACUGCCAAGUGGUGCUCUUCAAUAAGUACGAGACGGUCGACUACAACUCGGAUGAUAUGAAAAUAACAGUCGACAUCGGCUGUAUGAAGAUUGUGUUCCUGAACUGGUUUGUGGCGGGCGUAAUGAACUUCCUGAACAACUUUCAAGCAGCACAGGAAGCGCUCUCAAAUGCCAGUGCAGCGGCAGCGGAGAGUGCCCGUCAGAAUGCAAUAGAUGCCUAUGAAAGGGCUACUCGUAUGAAGCUAAAUGUGCGCAUUAGAGCUCCUAUUAUUGUGAUACCAAUUGAUUCACAAAAUACAAACGCGCUAGCUCUUGACUUGGGACUUUUGGAGCUUACAAAUAACAUUAGCGAGGUUAUAGUUCCCAACAAACCACAGAAAGCAGUGAUCGAUGAGAUCAAGCUACAGUUAAAGGACGUCAAGUUAACCAAGGUUUCCAUUAUAGACGGAAAUGAGAGCGACAUAGACGUUGUUGAUGCGGCUUACGGCCUAAAGUCGCAAGUAAAUAUGAUGAAUCCAAUGAGUUUUGUAUUAUCUGUUACACGAAAUCUUUCGAGCACAUGGCAUAGGGAGCUUCCAGAACUGAACCUUUCCGGUCGCCUCAGGUCCAUUGAGCUAACACUCUUUAUGGAUGACUACGCGCUUGUUAUGUCCAUAUUAAACAGAAAUCUCAACGAAGGCCUUGACGAAUUUCCUCCACGCGAGGUGGAACCACCUAAAACACCAGUAAAGAGUUCAAUAGAGCCGGAUCGACUUACACGGGCACGCUCUACAUAUUCCGCAGAGCGUCCCCUGGUAACUGAAAAGACCUAUGAGACACUAAAAUUCAAUUUCCAAUUUGAUGGUGUCAUCAUAAAUCUAAUGGAAAACGAAAACGAUGCGCUAGCGCGGUUUGGCAUUUACUUUUUAUCGGUGAAGGGCAGCAAAUUAGAACCAUGCAACACAUUCAGCACAUCCAUUGUUUUGUGCAACAUUCAACUUGACGAUAUGCGCAAAAACUUAAAGAGUCAAAUACGUCAGUAUUUGGGCCGCAAAGAUUGGGAGCCAAUAACCGAAACAGAUGAAAUUAUUGACGCUUGCUAUAAUGAAUUGAAGUUCAUGGUCGAGGUGACUGCAAUUAUAAAAGAGAACGAUACAUUUGCUGAGGUCCGUGUUUGUGGUUUCGAUUUAAUUGUAUGCAUCGACUUCCUGCUCAAGCUGACGACGUUCCUUUCAAUACCGGAGGAUGCUGAAACUAAACCAAAAAGCAGCACAGUGGCACAGGCAGCGAGGUUAACCAAAACUACCAUACAAGUUACUGAGGCGCAAGAUAUAAUAAAACCCCAAGUCAACAGCGACAAGAAAAUGAAUCUGAUUCUACGCAUCGACGAGCCUGACAUCAUACUAGUUGAAAGCCUUGACGAUCUAAAUACCAAUGCAAUCAUUUUUAAUGCCCGAGCGCAUCUGAACUAUCGUUCCAUCAAUGAAAAACAAAUCAUAAAUGGCCAAAUAGAUGCUCUAAAGAUCUAUAUGAGCUCCUUUAUGCCAGAGCGACGCGAACAAACCUGUCACUACAUACUGCAUCCGUGCGUCAUUAGCUUGCAGGGUUCCACACCUGAGGAAGAGGGCCUUCACAUUAGUUUGAAGCUCAGCGAUAUUAUAAUAAAUGUAUCACCCGCCACUAUCGAGCUAUUGAACAAGGCUAUGAUGAGUAUCAGCACCGGUACAGCUGAGAGGGCAGCGAUACAACAAGGUCCCGCUGACUAUUCAAAUGUAUGGAACUCAAAUACCUUCCAUAGUAGAACCUACUGGUUUACCAAAGUAGAACAGGCGGCCGAGGCGCUAAACUAUAUAGAGCAAAAUACAAUUGAUUCCACCAAAGGUAAAACCGAAAAAUGCGUUAUUGAAGUUCCUAGCAUUACAAUCGUGCUCGAGUCGGGCGUUGGUUACUACACGAAACCCCUGGUAUCGAUUGACACUCGCAUGACAGCUGUCUUCAACAACUGGAGCCGAAAUCUGAGCGCAAGCGGCUCUGUUUCGCUAUACGUUAAUUACUACAAUCAAGUAUUGGCUGAGUGGGAACCAAUUAUAGAGAUGAACGAACAUUUCCGCAAUGGAAAGCGGGAAUACUCACCGUGGGAGCUAAACUUUAAUCUGGGCAUUGAAAAGGUGCAAAGCGAAUACGAUGAGCAGUCAGAGGAACAAACGACGACCAUAAAUAUACAUUCCGAAGAAAAUUUAGAAUUCGCGAUCAGCAAAACCUGUCUACGGCUUAUGACCGAACUUAUUGAAGCCUUCUCCCAGGCUAUCGACGAAAAGGGAUUAAUGAAGCCAGACGUUGUGGCGCCGUUUGUUGUGGAAAACGAUACUGGAUUCGAUAUAACACUUAACUUGCGCCGUGGCCAAUUCACGCUCCACGAGGUUCACAGAGGUGGUACGCACACAAACAGCCUAAACACAUCUCUUAUUCUGCUUGCCAGUCCUGAGGAUCAAGAUCAAGUUAAAGAAAAUGAGAUACAAACCUGCACCAUUUCGCCCGGUGGACGUGCCUAUUUGCAGACCAAAGAAAUUAUUAAUUCCGAAGACGAUGAGUACACUCUAUAUGUUACGAUUGGCAAUAUCAGUAAAGAGAUCGUGUUAGUCGUGUCCAAAGCCGAUAGACGUUACUAUCCCUUAAUGCGUAGCUCCGCACAUGAUCCGUGGGGUAUCAUUUCAGAAGUGAAGCUUGAAUAUGGCACCACAGCGAUUAACAUUCAUGGUGUUGUUUGCAUAUACAAUCACUUCACUACUCCAAUUAAUAUCUAUCGGCGCAAACCUAACGAUCGGACUGAAAUACUGGUGGGAAGUGCGCCACCAAAUACAAUAUUCCAUGUGCCGCUACACGCGAUCUAUGCAGAUCCAAAAGAUCUACAUUUCUCCAUAAGCGGAUACAAAACAUCCGUUCAGGGACUGGCAUGGAAUAUAAAUCCCUCAGACCUAAAUUAUUCACAACAGCUGCAAUGUGAUCCAAUCGACACUUUUGAGCCGCUGUAUCUAAACGCUUUGAGGGAAAAGACCGAAGUCUACUACGAGAACAGCAACAAAUAUAAGCUCCUGAGCGCCUUCUACACUAUCCAUCUACGGCCCCCACUCCUCUUAUGUAAUGCACUGCCCAUAGACAUAAAAGUAUCGGUUGCUGGCUGUUCGGUUCGUCAAGUAAUGUCCCCAACGGAGGAACAGGCCCGGGCCGACGAGCUGAGUAAUAAGUACAAUAAGGAAGAGUUUUUGGACUAUGGUGAGAAAGAAGUCAGUCCUGGCGAUGUAUUGCACCUGCCGACCGUCAAAAUGUCGGGCAAAGGCAAGGAGGCUCGAAGUUUUCUGGUAGUGCGAUUAUUACAAUACUUGGAGAAAGACUGGUCCUGUGCAACCGAGAUUUUGCAAUAUGCUACCGAUAUUUCUGUAUGGACUUUUGCCUCAUAUGAUUCGGAAGUAAAAAUGGAAAUGGAUCUAUACGUACGCACCGAAAAUCGAUCUGGAAGCUUGGUGCUCACGUUGUACAGCCCCUUCUGGAUGAUUAAUAAAACGGGUCAAAUGCUAACCUAUAAGACGGAUGUGUCGACUGUGGAGGUGUUUUAUCAUCCACCCGAAUAUUCAGGACCUAUAUUAUUUAGCUUCCGCGACAAGUUCUUCUUUGACAAGAAAAAGGCUUCGAUACGUGUUGAUAGCGGCGACUGGAGUGAGAAAAUUCCGCUCGAUGUGGCCGGCUCCAUUGGCAGCGUCACUUGCCAUGCAAAUGGCCAAAGCUAUCAAAUCGGCGUUCAUAAUCAUCUGACCCAGAACUCACUCAGCAAACAAAUUACCUUCAUACCCUUCUACUUGGCGCGAAAUAAAUGCAGCUAUCCCAUAUGGUUGCAGGAACAGAGUCGUCCGGGCGACCCGUGGUUAGAAAUCGAACCACAGACGUGCGAGCCCAUUUGGCCCAGGAACGACUCCGAUCACAAGAUGAUCGUUCGUGUGGAAUCGAAAAUAACACCGGCUUUCAAUUAUUCCGAAGUUAUGUGCACACUUCUAAAGCUCGAGAACAGCCGGCACGGCGGCAUCAACGUUGACGUGCAGACCACUGAAGGCGGCGUCUACAUAACAUUUACGGAAUACAAAAAAUCUGAUUCACCAGGCCUAUUAAUUAACCACACAUCCAAGAACGUCAACUACAUUGAGAAGGGCACAGAAACGGAAUACAUUCUGAGACCAAGGAAUAGUAUAAUGUAUGCCUGGAGUGAUCCUACAGGACCGAAGCUCUUAAUAUUUGGUAAAAAUAAGCAGGAGAGUGAUUUAAGGCGGGACAACAUCGGCGAGAUUGUAUUGGAGGACGGCACAAAAGCAUAUUGGGUAUCCUUUUUGGAUGGCCUGCAACGUGUUCUCCUAUUUACGGAGAUCGAGUCUAUUGCAAAGCGCACUGAAACUUCGGCAGCGCUCCAAGUAAUCACACAAAGCAUUGAUCUACGCAUACAUGGAAUCGGUUUAUCUGUUAUUAACAACGAGACUGGCUUGGACAUUCUUUAUCUGGGUAUUACCAGUUCAGGCAUUAUAUGGGAAGUUAAGAAAGAGCACAAGAAACGGUUUAAAGAGAUGACUAUUCUGGACACACAGCUAAUAGAAGCUGAGUAUCAACGAUAUUUGAAUGAUACUGCUGUCAACAACAUUCAGACCUACAAACUGGAAAAUAAAUAUCCGAUUGAUUUCGAAACAAUGAAGCUGAAAAAAGGCACAGACCGAAAUUUACGACGCAGCUUCUGUCCUGGAAUUUGGAUGUCUAAGAAAUCGUCACCUUUCCAGAAUCAGUUGCAUCUGAAGAUUAAUCGUAUUCAGAUUGACAAUCAAUUUAUGGAUCCUAUUUUCCCCGUAGUCUUGGCGCCGAUUCCGCCACCCAAAAGCGUGGCAAAUACCACGACUCUGAAACCGUUUAUAGAAUGCAGCGUGGUUCAGCGGGUCAUGCCUAAUACUACCGUCAAGCAGUUCAAAUAUGCUAGUAUUUUAAUACAGGAGUUCCACUUUAAGGUCGACAUCCUCUUCCUUACAGCAAUUGCUGAACUAUUCACCAACAUGACAACGGAUACACAAAACGCUAAACUCUUCCGUGGCGAUGUGGAGGCCAUUGAGCAUCCAUUAUCCGAUUUCUUCGAACAGCACUCGCAACAGGAGCAAAAGAACUUCUACGAUAAUUUACAUUUGGGUCCACUCAAGAUACACGUCAGCUUCUCGAUGGCAGGAUCGGAUACGACAGCAUUGCCAGGUUUCCUAGGACCGCUGGUGCAGGGUGUGGGCGUCACACUUACUGAUGUCAAUGAUGUCGUGUUCCGUUUGGCUUUCUUCGAACGUGAAUAUCAGUUCUUUACACAGCAACAGUUGAUUUCGGAGGUGACGUCCCAUUACACGGGCCAAGCCCUGAAACAACUGUAUGUCUUGGUAUUAGGCCUAGAUGUCCUGGGUAAUCCAUACGGCCUAGUUGUGGGACUCAAAAAAGGAGUGGAGGAUUUAUUCUAUGAGCCGUUCCAGGGUGCCAUUCAAGGACCCGGCGAGUUCGCUGAAGGCUUGGUAUUGGGCGUUAAAUCGCUUUUUGGCCACACAGUGGGCGGUGCGGCAGGGGCUAUGUCCAAAAUUACCGGAGCUAUGGGCAAGGGUCUGGCUGCUUUGACUUUUGACGAGGAAUACCAACGAAAGCGCCGUCAGGGAAUGCACAACAAACCAAAGAACUUCCAUGAAGGCCUAGCGCGUAGUGGCAAAGGAUUGGUUAUGGGCUUUGUUGAUGGCGUCACCGGCGUUGUUACAAAACCUGUAUCAGGUGCACGCGAGCAGGGAGUCGAAGGAUUCUUCAAGGGAUUGGGAAAAGGAGCCAUUGGUCUAGUAGCACGCCCUACGGCCGGAGUAGUUGAUUUCGCCAGUGGCAGCUUCGAAGCUGUCAAACGUGCCACAGAAGGCAGUGAAGAGGCAAAGCGCAUGCGUCCACCACGGUUUCAGCAUGAGGAUCACGUACUGCGGCCCUACUGCCUGGCUGAUGCCACAGGCAACAAGAUGUUAAAGGAGCUUGAUAAAGGAAAAUAUGCAACCACAGACAGCUUCGUUUGCUGCGAAGAGAUCGUACAAAAGGCUGAAUAUUUCUUGGUGACAAACUAUCGCGUCCUCUACGUUCAACGCAACGACAUGUUCGGCAUUUGGACGUCACUAUGGACAUAUCAGUGGAACGAGAUUGCUUCCGUAGUGGCGAGCGGACGUGGAGUUCAAAUUACCUCCAAAAAAGAGGGCAAAAAAAUGCUAGGCCUGCUCUCGUCUCGGGAACCAAACAGUAAACUUGUGCUGCUGGCCGAUGAGGGAAAGCGUAAUGCUCUUGUUAAAGCAAUUGAAUCUCAACGGCAGGAUGUUCUCACCUAAUUUCAUCGCUUGUCUAUGCCUUUAAAUGUGUAUUAUAACCCCCACGUAAAUAAUAUUGAUAUUCACAUCGAGAUGAGCAUGAGAGACUACCUCGAUAUUAACACAUUGCUCUUGCAUUGCUUUUCAACGUCUUGGAUGGUGGCAUACCGAAUACAAUACGAUACAAAACAAUAAUAAGUAUGUAUGUAUGUGUAAAUGAAUAAUUGUUUUGAUAUUCAAAUUUUAUGUAAAAUGUGAAUAAACAUUUUUUGUAAACUAUUAUA